AUGCUUCUCGUGCGUUUGAUCGACAGGAUCUUCCCUAACCUCGUCUACGCGGAUUUCACACCCAAUGCCAAUGAUUCAGAUCCAGAGGAAGGGACGAUCUGGAAGGGACUAUGGCUGUGUCUGCAGGUGAUACGAGAGACGAGAUAUGAUGAAAUGGGCCAGCUUCCAGCAUCUGCGCUGUCCAAGCUCAAAGAACCAUUUGCAAACCGCUUCGACGUGCCCCUCAGGCAGAACCUUGUCAAAAUAUGGAAUAAUCAACAUGUGAAGGCAGGAAUGGACGACACGCAGUCGGCCGUUCUUCUCGUUGCGCCGUCAUUCAACGCAUCUCUAAUCGGAGCAGGGCAUACAAAUGCUUCCCUCCAACCGCUGUUCGGAAACGUCCACUUCAAGGCAUAUGACAUCGACUUUGAGAAUCAAGCGGCCAACUAUGACAUAUCUCAAUCUUUGGUGACAGAUGUUUCAUACGCGAAUCUCUUCGGGUUUGGUACUGCCUGGUUCCAAAAUCUCAUCCUCGCAAACCGCGCCUGCGGCGGGUGCAUCGUCGCUUGGAAGGGGACGAACCUGACCAACGCCCCUGGCAAACGUUACGGGACAUAUGUCGCGGACUCCAGUGUAAUUCGAGUAAUUAAUUCCUCUUUUGUGCCUCGUCGUACUUAG